AGAAUUUUUUUUUUUAGACGGAACUAUAUUUUGACCAGUACUAUUUUUAGAACAUGCCUCGCGGGCGCCUUAAGUGCUCCUUGCGGGCGACCAGGUGCCCGCGGGCACCGCGUUGGUGACCCCUGCGUGUAGAUUAUAUGGCGGCGCAAUAAAAGCAGAGAGAUCACUUGUAUCUAAUAAGGUUGAUAAGUUAUUUGCAGUGUUUGACAGAACCAGUACAAUGGCUACUAUCCGAAAGAAGCUGGUGGUGGUUGGGGACGGCGCAUGCGGUAAGACCUGUCUCCUGAUCGUGUUCAGCAAGGACGAGUUCCCGGAGGUGUACGUCCCUACAGUGUUUGAGAACUACGUGGCGGACAUCGAGGUGGACAGCAAGUAAGUGUAGCUGGCGCUGUGGGACACGGCCGGACAGGAGGAUUACGAUCGGCUCCGACCGCUUUCCUAUCCGGACACGGACGUCAUACUAAUGUGCUUCUCUGUGGACAGCCCUGACUCGUUAGAGAACAUCCCUGAGAAGUGGGUUCCCGAGGUCAAACACUUCUGCCCUGUUUGGUUCUACUUGUCCACUUAAAGCACAAGUGUUAAACGUAAUGCCUAUGGGAACUUGCAAAAAUCAUAUUAAACAUAAAAACAUAAAAAUAUUUUAUUUGUUAGUAUUGCACAUUACAUAAAAUGGGUUAAAAUUGUCUGAUGCAAAUCAGAUAUGCAGCUAAAAUAUUUCAGUGUUUGCAGUGCAGUAGAAUGGAAUUAAUUGAGGUGGGCCUGUACAGAAUUUCCUGUAUUGUCUUUAAAUGUUAAACAAUCAGCUCAAUAAUGAUAAGUACAUUUAAGCUCAGCUGUUAAGCUCAAACCAUCAUUCAUGUAAUCAUCACAAUUAUAUGGUUAAUUAUACAUUGCUUUUUAAUAUUGUACUAAUAAUAUGUAGUAGAUUUCAGUAGUUAUAUCUUGGCUUGUUAUAAAAUCAUUCAAAAUCAUUCAGAUAUUCAUUCAUUCAUUUUCUACCGCUUAUCCGGACUACCUCUGGUCACGGGGAGCCUGUGCCUAUCUCAGGCGUCAUCGGGCAUCAAGGCAGGAUACACCCUGGACGGAGUGCCAACCCAUCACAGGGCACACACACACACAUUCUCAUUCAAUCACACGCUACGGACAAUUUUCCAGAGAUACCAAUCAACCUACCAUGCAUGUGUUUGGACCGGGGGAAGAAACCGGAGUGCCCAGAAGAAACCACUGAGGCACGGGGAGAACAUGCAAACUCCACACACAAUGCGGAGGCGGGAAUCGAACCCCCAACCCUGGAGGUGUGAGGCGAACGUGCUAAACACUAAGCAAUAGUAAAGCAAACCCGAGAAUAGUUCGGAUAAGCGGUAGAAUGAAUGAAUGAAUGAAUGAAACAUUUUUAUCAUAUUAACCAUAAUUAUUAAAAUUAUUUAUACUCAUAUUUACAUUAAUGAGGUUUGGCUUAAACCCUUUCAAUUUACCAGAUUUAUAAUAAUCUGAGAAUAGAAGCCUUUUGAGAGACACAAGCGUAACAAAUUCACCCAUGACUCAUUUUGGGGGUAAUUUAAAGUUUAGUGGGGCUAACUUAACACUUAACAAGUAAAGUACAGCUAAAGUGUCCCUGGUUCAAUCUUGAGUUUAGGUCACAUUUUGUGUGAAGUUUCACAUUUUCCCUGUGUCUGCACCAUUUUCCUUCCUUCUCAUUUUGGUGGUAUAUUGGGCUUCUCUAAAAUUUCUUGGUGUGAAAAAACUGUGUCAUAUUCGAAUGUAUACCUUUCUCAAUGCUCAUGCAGGGAGCCUUCAAAGUGGCAUCAAUCCAGAUCAAUCUUGCUCUCAUCCAGAAGCAGGCCAGCCAUUACACAUCCAUUAUUCCCUCUUACACUGUGACAUGUAGACUAACAGUGAAAAUGGUUGAGACCCCCUGAACAGGUAGAUCACUAGCAUGCAUUUGGAUAAACUAAGAUAAAUAUUAUCCUGCUUGCCAAUGAGGUUCAUCAAGGCUGCUACCUAUAUUCCCCUAAUCUUUCUAGAACUGCAGACAAUUCACUGAUAUGUCAUCAGCCUUCAACUGUACUCCAAGUUACACAGAAUAAAAUGUGUCUUUGUCCCAGUAGAUGGAAUGCAAUCAUUAGCCUGCUGGCAGUGAAAGACAUUUCUUGCAGAAUGAGUCCCACUGGGAUUAUGCCCCACUGGAGAGGAAUAAUCACCUUGGAUUCUUCACCCAUAGGCUAGAGAGGUUGUCAGUUUGGCAUCUGGUUUAAGGUGCAUCAGUCACUUGAGAGCAGUCCAUUCAUGAAGGUUCUCAAACUUUGCAAUGUUUUUGUCUGCUGAGACAACAUUGUGACAGUUAUAUCAGGAAUCAAAGUGGUAUGAGGACGAGCAGCUGUUUUCACCAUGUCACUUGGGCUUACUCAUAUCUUGUCUCUUUGAGAGCAAUUCAACUACCAGAAAUGAACUGCCAAGAACUACCAGAAAUGAACUGCCAACUCACUGUCAUUAUUAAAUAUUGUAUGCAACUCAUUUCUUCCUCCUCUUCACAUUUCAGACAUUUUCUCCUCUGAUAAAGAAACUAGUAAGCCUCUUAAAAUUCCUCUUCACUUCUCCUAACAUUUUUUGACCUUAUGAGAUCUUUUAAGGGUUAAGAUGAUUUAUGAAUAACUUUUGUCUUUACUGGGAUCUUUUCGUUAAUUUUAAGAGAA